AUGGAUUAUAAGAUUUACCACGGUCUCUGCCCAAACAAACCCUUCUUGAAACCUCGCCAUGCCACCAUCAGGUCACUGUAUCAUCCGGAUUCGAGCGAAUCAGAAAUUCUCGAUUCAGAAGCAUUAGUACUUUUCUUUCCGAAUCCCAAAACAGUCACUGGCGAUGAUGUCCUAGAACUGCAUGUGCAUGGAGGCAGUGCAACUGUGAAAGCUGUUCUCGCCGCGAUUCCUAAAUGUGCCGCAGAAAGCCCAAUCCGUUACGCCGAGCCCGGUGAAUUCACUAAGCGAGCUUUCCUCAAUGACCGGCUUGAUUUAGCCCAGGUCGAGGCCCUAAGCGAGACCCUCGCCGCUGAAACGGAACAGCAGCGACGCGCGGCGGUUCGAGGUAGCAGCGGCUCGUUGGGUCGAACAUACGAAGACUGGCGCCAGAAUCUUUUACAUGCUCGGGCCGAGAUGGAGGCUCUUAUUGACUUCUCCGAAGAUCAGCAUUUCGACGAGUCGCCCGCUUCCCUAGUCGUCAAUGUGACGAAACAGGUUAGGCAGAUCCUUCAGAGCAUACACAUCCACGAAGGAGCAAGCGAGCGAAGCGAACUUCUUCGGAAUGGGAUCAAAAUCGCGCUUGUGGGUCCGCCGAAUGUCGGCAAAAGCUCGUUUAUGAAUCAGGUCGUCGGUAGGGAGGCAUCUAUCGUAUCCGGUGAGUCUGGCACUACUCGGGACAUUAUCGAAGCCAAUCUCGACAUUCGCGGGUAUUUGUGUACAUUUGCGGAUACCGCAGGGUUCAGAAGCUCAACUCCACUAGAUCCAACAAGUUCUCGUGAUUCUACAGAUAUUAUAGGGGCAGUUGAAGAAGAGGGAAUCCGCAGGGCAAGGGUCAAAGCCACGCAAUCUGAUGUCAUCAUCGUACUAACUUCUAUCGAAACGAAUACGCUUGGAAACCCCCAGAUUCGCUUCGAUAUGGAAACUCUAAAACUCGCGGCAGACAGUAAAGAACGGUUAGUAAUUGUUAACAAGCGAGAUGCCGUUUCUAACGAUGAGUUACGUACCCUUCUUCGGUGGCUCGGUAAGGAGGUGCUUGGCAAAGUCAAUGGGCUUGAGGGAAUUCGGCCGAUACCCAUUUCUUGCAAGGAGGCGCAAGAUCUAGGUUCUGACCAGAUCGACCCAGGGGGGCUCCGGGGGGUCGUAGAUGCGUUAGUUACAUCGUUUACUACGAUGACAUCGCUUCCCGCUGCUCUACAAGACCUCCAUGGCGUUACCGAACGUCAGCGACAGCUUCUCGUAAAAUGUAGACGACAUUUAGAGAAUUACCUUGAAGCCGUGGGAUAUACCAGCUUGGCGGGUGAAAAGGGCCCCCACGACGAGCUCGACAGAGGCGAAGACGCUGAUAUUACCAUGGCGGCUGAACAUCUUCGUUACGCCGCAAACUACCUAGGACGGAUCACGGGCCGCGGAGAUGUAGGCGAUGUGGAGGAAAUCCUAGGCGUAAUAUUCGAAAAGUUCUGUGUAGGAAAGUGA